CCCGACACUGCGCACCCCAACCUCCUUAUUUCUAAGGAUCAGAGGAGUCUGAAGAGGAUAAAACAAAGGCAGAGCCUGCCAGACAACCCCAGGAGAUUUCAAUAUCGUUUCUGUGUGCUGGGCCGUGAGUGCUUCACUUCAGGCAGACACUUCUGGGAGGUGGAGGUGGGGGACAGGAAACAGUGGAAUUUAGGGGUGUGUAGGGAGAACGUGGAGAGAAAACGUGAUGUUAAAAUAACACCCCAGAAUGGAUUCUGGACAAUAGCACUGUUGGGUGGGCAUGCCUUCCAUGCUCGAACGGACCCUUGGAGCAAACUCACUAUUGUCAAACCUCCUAAAAGAGUGGGGGUUUUCCUGGACUAUGAGAGGGGGAAGGUUUCGUUCUAUGAUGCCAUCGAUGGAUUGCACAUCUACACCUUCUCACAGACUCCCUUCUCUGGGCCUCUGUGGCCUGUUUUCAGGAUUUUGACACAGGAGCCCACUGCCUUGACCAUUUGCCCA